AUGAUUAUAUCAUUGAGUUGCUCUAUUUGUUGUUAAUAAUUUAGUCAGCCAAUUAGAUUAAGCACUGAUCAUAUGGAAAACAAAGAAAAAAAGGGAAUAAUACUUUCUGUUGUGUCAAGGAAAGGUAGAAAUUGAAAAAACUUUUAUAUCAGAAGAUGAUUUGAUUGAGAUUAAUGAAAUUGUAAAUAGAAUUAAAAUUAUAAUUGAAAUUAACUUUAAUUUACAUUAUAAUGUUGAUACUAGAAGGUUUAUUAAAAAGUACACCUAUAUUUGUAGAACCUUAUGUUAUAUAAGUUUUUUGAAUACUUAUAAGCAUAUGCUGUAAAAAAACUUAUUGAAAUUAUCUUAUUGUUUACUAUCAAUGUUGUAAUAUUACGUAAUUAAAAAUCAUCAAAUUAUAUCUUGGUUAGUAUUAAAAAGGCUUAAAUUUGUAGAAUAAAAUCUCAAAAAAUUGGCACCAUUUAGACAAGGUGUUAUGAUAAUUGA